AACCAAUCAACUGAUUUACUCAACUUCAGUUGGCUUUUCAAGUUUAAGAUGAAAGUACUUAUAAUUUUCCUGAGCUUUGUGCUCGUUUUGGUGACAGCUGAGCCAUAUUUUUGUUCUCUGACGCCCUCCUAUGGCAAUUGCAAAGAAAAUUACACGAUGUGGGCCUAUUCAGAACGCGACAACGCAUGCUUCAUCCAUAUCUACUCGGGUUGUGGCGGCAAUCACAACCGCUUUAUGGACGAGGAGUUAUGCAUCGACACCUGUAUAAAUCCAUAUAACUUGGAUGUAGAAUGAUAUUCCAGUGAGCAAAAAAUGACUUUAAAAACACAAAACAAUGUUUCUAAGUAAGGGUCAUUUGUCCAAUAAAGAAGCAUGUAAAUAUAA